AUGAAGUCCACUAUCGUACUCUUGAUCCUUCUCCUCGCCACUGCAGCUGAUGCAGUCAUUACACGCGACGAGUGUAAGGAGCGAGGAGGAAAUGUCAUCUCGAACAAAGGAGACGUGGAAGUGUUCAAGGCUGGAUAUCAAUGCGAGAACUCCAAUGAACCUCCAAUAAAGAUUGAAGGGAACGAAGAAGUCUGUUGUGGAGCAUCAAAGAAAGAACCAGUCAAGGAAGAGGAGCUGCCACGAGAACAUGAUGCCACCAAGCCCGAGCCUCCUUCACCGGAAGAUAAUCCCAAGAAAGGCAAGAGUGCGGCAAAGUCAAGACGUAGUGUGGUUCGAGGAAUCGUCCCUAUAGCAUCGGCGGCUGCAGCACUCUAUGCCCAUUACAUCUGA